AAAACUUUAAAAAAAACUAAAGCUCAGUUAGUUUGUGAGGUGAGCUGAAAAUGAGAGUUCCUGUACAAAUCAUCGGCUUUUCCUGUUUUCUUUUUUCUGUUACCUUUGUGCAAGGUCAAGAAUGUCUUGUUGAGGACAUUAAAUAUGAAAACACCGAACCAGUUGCGAACAUUUCAUACACUGAUGGUGAAACAAUAAAAGUGAAUUGUUUGACAGGUUAUACCGGCUUUUAUAGGUUAAUGUGUAAAAAUGGACAAUGGCUGAUGGUCAUUUCCCAAAUAUGCUCAAAGAAAAGAUGUGGUCACCCAGGGGAAACACCAAAUGGUGAUUUUAAACUUAUAGAGGGGACAGAAUAUACUUACGGAGCAACAGUGCAGUAUACUUGCAAGACAGGGUAUGAAAUGACAAGCAGAAUCAGUUGGCGUCACUGUAGAAUCGAAGGGUGGGAUAAUGCUGUCCCUGUCUGUGAGGAGGUGAGAUGCCCUGUGAUUCACACAGAUGGGGAUGUGACUGCAUCGGGCAACACAAAGGAUGGAACUUAUGGCGAUGUUAUUCACUUUGAGUGUGUAUCUUCUGACAAAAAGCUAGAUGGAAGUAGUGUCAUUCAUUGUAAGGAGAACGGUGUUUGGAGUGGGCCUGUUCCACAGUGCAUAGUAACUUGUCAACUUGAGAUAACUGAACCUGAAGUAAUAAGAACCAUUCCAUGGGGGAAAACAGUUUUCAAAGCUGGAGAAACAGUGGGAAUUAUCUGCACUAGCAAAAACCAGAUCUAUAAUAAACAGGAAACAUUUACGUGCACAGAUAUUGGGAAGUGGGAUUACAAGCCUACUUGUCAGGAGCAUAGGUGUGAAGCUCCACUCAACCAGCACGUGUUUCUCCCAAAAUAUUACUUUAGUGGAGAUCUGAAUUUGGGAGCAAAACGAUCUCACAGUUGUGAGUCUGGAUAUCGUAAAACAGCAGAAGUGGCCACAUGUACACGAGACGGAUGGACACCAAAACCACUGUGUGCUGAAAUUAUGUGUGACCCACCAAGAAUCCCAAAUUCACAGAUUGUAGGAGAUCAGAAACUGAAGUACAAAAUCUCUUCAAAAAUACAAUAUAAAUGUAGUCCUGGAUUUGAACCAGAGCAGCCUGUUCAAAUCACCUGUGAUUCCCAGGGCCAGUGGACAGACAUACGGCAAUGCACUGAUGGUACCUGUGACGAGCAAGAACUCAAAAAUAUACAAAUACUAUUUGGAUAUCCGAGCGCCACAUCACCUUAUAAAUCUGGACAUAUCUUAGUUUUCCGAUGCACUGAUGACAACAUGAGGUUUUAUGGCCAACGUGCAGUUGAAUGCCUGCCAGAUGGGAGGUGGAAUUACCCCUAUCCACAAUGUGGAGGAACGGUUCAGUGCUCCAAACCAACAAAGAACUUGCAGUUUGUGACACUGCCAGAUGAGAAAACUGAAUACAGCAACUCUGAGACUCUGACAUACACGUGUAAUGAACCGUACAAUGAAAUUCCAAGAGGAGUUUUAAAGUGUCAAAACGGAAAGUGGAAUGGAACGUUUGACUGCAAAAGUAAGAUCUGUCCACCUCCUCCGUAUCUUCAACAUGGAGAUUACAGCAUCAACAGUACACAAGAUGAUGUGAUCACAGCAGUAUCUUACACUUGCCAGUCUUACUUUGUGCUUACCAAGCAACAGGACGUUUAUAAGUGUGUGGAUGGAAAAUGGGAGACUCCUCCAAAAUGUCUGAGACCUUGUGAAAUUGAUGAUUUUGUUGAGAAGUACAAUCUACAGCUUCCUACAGGAAAGAUCUACAUAAGGCAUGCUGAAAAGUAUAGACUGAACUGUAGAGAUGGAUGGAAUGCUGGAAGUGAGAUGAACAUGUAUGUGGAUGUGUUGUGCUCCAAUGGGAAUCUACAGAUAGACAAAAGUUGUAAUACACAAAAUAAAAGAAAAUAAACAGGAGUGGUAAUUGAGGUAACCCAGUUCAGUUUUAAAAACGACAAAUUUACUCUACGUUUAUACCUUUCUACAAAAGAGGACAUCCCUAAAUGGAGGUUUCAAGAGAUUUUGUCAGGUUUAGCUCACUUCUGGUACAAAUUUUCCCCCAUAAUAUAGUUAAGUAUAUACACACAUAAAACUUGUACAUACAGUAUAUCCCAUUCAGCUACAAUUGUAAAAAUGAAAUUUUACAUUAUCUUGCAGAAAUUGUAUUUCUUGCUACCUGGUCUCAAGGCAUUUACGUACCUGGGUGCACUUUUUAGCGUGACAUGAAAUACGUACCAAUAAGUACAUAUCACUGCAGUUUCCAAAAUAAAUGAACAUUUUCACACAAAUUUACAUAGUUGCGAUUAAUAAAGCGUAAUUUUCGCACAAUUACUUGAAGAAUAUCAUGCUAUGACUUCAAAACAAUAUUAAUAUGCUGGGAGAUUUGAAAACUGAUAUGCUUUUGAACGUUAGCAUCGCACACAUCCAGCUUCAUAUCUAUGGGUUUUCAUAGAUAAGUUUGUUCGGUAGCUCACGGAGACGGACUUAAGAGACGAGAAGCACUGGUUCAAAUCCCGUGUAACUAUGGUUCAACAAAGCAGUUAAAAUCUGCAUAAAAAGAAGUUAAAAUGGCACAGUUGCAAUAGCUAAUAUGUUUUUAUAUCAGUUUUGCAUUUGUUAACACUAUCGGGUAGGUUUAGGGCUGGAUUUGGUGUUGGGCAUAUUUCCAACAUGAUAGAGCAUUAACCUUUAGCGACAGUCCCCGGAUAUUUGAAUUCUGAACCGCCGCAAUACGUAUCUGAAGCAACGUAAUAAAAAAAACAGCAAUACGUACCAAUAUCUACGUAAUAAAAACGUGCCAGGGUUCACAUAUUGAACCUGUGUUUUAGCGCCACUCGGUGGACAUUUCUAUUUGAAACUGCGGCGAAACGUGCAGCAAGGUACAUAAAACGGUGUCGCACAAAAAGUGCGCAGAGGUACCUAUUUUUAUGAGACCAGGUUGAUUUCUUUGUAUUUCUUAUCUGUGUGAACAUUCCUUCAACAACCUUUUUUGAUUAAAUAUGUUUAUAAUUAGACUGACUUUGGAUUUUAGUUCCUAUCACUUGCUCACCAAUGGAUCCUCAGCAGUGAAUGGGUGCCGUCAGAAUGACAGUCUGAACAGCUGAUAAAAACAUCACAAUAUUCCACAAAUAUGUUAAACUACACAUCUCCAGUCCAUCAAUUAACAUCUUCUGAAGUUAAAAGCUGCAUGUUUGUAAGAAACAUCAAACAUUUAAACUUCAAACUGCUGCUUCCGACUAAGUCCUCUAUCCAUAAUAGUGCUUUCUCCAUUGAAAAAGUCAUCUCAUCUGAAUCAGGAGAGAAAUAUGCACAGAUCAAGCUUUUAAACCUGUGCUUCUUUCAGGUCUCUCCUAUCACACUGCAGACUGGAUCUCUUGUAAAUGUUACUCUUGUACAUCAGUUAUCAAGUUCAGUGAAAAUGUUUUCAGAGGACUCAAAUAAAUAUAC